AUGAGCUACUCCAUGAAUGGUACUCUGAGCCACUUUGCCCAGAACAGGAGCCUUAACCUCAUUGAGAGACGAUUUCUUGCUCUUGAUGUAGCCAUGGGCAUCCGCGCACUCCACGACUGCAACAUUGUCCACGGAGGCGUCAAGCCAGACAAUGUCCUCGUCUAUGACUACAGUACGAGGAUUGAAGAGCAUGAGCGACACUACCAGGCAAAGCUUGCCGACUUUGGGUCUGCCUUCUUUCAAGAGGACCCGAGUCACGAACAAGCCGUUUAUCUUGGUACCCCAAAGUACAACGCUCCUGAGAUCCGCGGUCUGCAGAGAGACCAGGACGAGGACAAGCAUGAUGGUUUAAUUCCCCUGUUCAAACGAUUCCAGGCUGCAGAUUGCUACUCUUUUGGUCUUCUGCUCUGGGAGACUAUCAACCGCGGCAAAUCCUUCACAGAUACAGAGAAUCCUCUCGAAGAACUUGAAACUAUGUUUUGGGACAAAGAAAACGCCAUCUUGGAGAAGGCGACGACUUUCUUCAACGGCUGGAAAACCACCUUUGAGGUGCUUGAUAAGGAGGAAUCUGAGUCGAGGAUUGGAGUGUUCCCCUCGAAUCCAACCCGCUUGGAGAUGCAGGGGUUGUUAAAUGAGCGCCGUGUUCAUCUUGAUCCCAUUGACGCACCGCCAGAUGAGGAAUCACUCGAAGUCUUGAAGAACACGGUGUCGCUAUGCCUACAGGAUAGCAUAUGGAACCGAGGAAACAUGCAUCAGAUCGUCGAGGCUCUCGCUAAGGGAGUAAGCGACCUCCUUCCUCCAGGAGGAAGCACAACCCUGAAGGUUCUGCCUCGACCUCGACAAGUCAACGGUUCUAGUCCAUUUCUCGAACCCGGAUACGAGAAAAUCAGGAGCAUAACCCCUGAUGAGAGUCCAUACGCUCGGCUCCUUCGCCUAGAAAAAACGUAUGAAAAUCUCCGGGUGGUGCCGAUGGACGCUCCAGCCAACCCUUCCCUGCAAGUUGCCAGGUUACCGCCAGUCAAGCGUGUAGGAACGUUGGUUUUGACGCCUCAGACCCAUUGCUAUGGACCAGAAGACAUGUUUCGUGCCUCUCUUAACAGGCAGCCACCUUGGGAAAACCAGUGCGCAGCAUUUGAGUUUCUCCAGCACGCGAUCGAGGCUGAGAAAGACGAAGAAAGAAGAGCUCAGGCUUACUUGCAGUUGGCCAUCAUGUACCUGAUUGGAUACGGAGUUGCCGACGACAGUUUGAAAGCACUUCAACACCUUGAACUCGCGAGUGAGCACAAUGAGGUCGCCAGAGCGAUCCUCGGGAGAGUCCAAAGGGCUUUGGAGCCUGACGAGGAUCAAGAGUAUGAGGGGGACGAGGGGCCAGCCCAUAUCACCUACAGGAACCCAGAUAUGUUCCUCGAUGGCGCCAUUGAGCGGAGUGGGAAAGCAGAUGAGCAGUUCCUGACACUCGGCCCCAUAAAGAUUCAGUCCUUUGAGAUCUUCUCCAGAUUGGUCAAAAAGGGGAAGAAGUAUGAGCCUCCUGAGCUAUCCGAUGCAUUCACAGACGCUUGCAGGGAUGGCCACUUGGACGCUGCAAUGCUGCUCGCCCAACACUGUACCGACAUUUAUACAAUCGACACUGAGAAGCCCAACCCGUUCCAUUGGUUGAUCAUGUUUAGCCAAGAGGAGGCUAUCAAGGUGCUUGAAACAGUUGCAUCCUCCCAGACGAAAGAGACGGAGAAGAAAUUUCACCUCAAAGUCAUAUGCUCCUUGCUGAAUGCUGAGCACGACAUGACCGUACUCCUUCCCCACCGCUGUCUCGAGCUUCGAGGCACACCUCUUCACUGGGUAAUCAUGGCAGGCUACGAGGACCUUGUGAAGGCCUUUCUCCGUCUUGGAGCUGAUGUCAACAAGAGAACAAACUCACGAACAACCCAACAUCAGGAUGGCUACCGAGAACAUCAUCCCAGUUUCAGUCCACUCGAUAUUGCAGCAGCCUGCCACCUCCCGCAGAUUGUUAAACUGCUUCUCGACCAGGGAAGUGAGAUUUAUGGAGGAGACUUCCACUGGUCGUUUUCGCCAUUUCAUAUGCUCGGGUAUCGUACGUUUCUCUUUGCGAGGUACAUGAGUCACGGCAGGCAUUACCGGGCUGCUCUACGGGAGACAAUCAAAGCACUCCGUGGUGCGGGAGUGGAUAUUAAUGGUCUCGAUUCCGAGGGCGAGACACCGCUCUUAGUUGCGGUGAAGAACAUGGACCUCGAGCCAUACAUUCUUGAGGAGUUGCUUUCAUCCGGAGCUACGACUGGAAAUAUGGGCGACGGGAAAGAAGGAAAUAUUGUCACUUCGGCCAUCAUGUGCUGUGGACACCGGCGUUUCUCGGCCUGGAAGAUACCCCUCCUUCUACCGCUGGUUCGAGACAUCAACUCUUUCAGGCCAGGCCCGAGGAGUCUGAAUGCGCUGCAUUACUGUGCCUUUUUUGAUGCAGCCCGGGCUGCCGAGGAGUUGCUCCGCUGGCCACAAACCGAUAUUGGCGCAUUGAAUGCCUCUGGUGAUAUGACGGCCAUGUCUCUAGCGGCACAGAGAGGCUCUCUGGAUGUGCUAGCCCUGCUGAUUAAGAAUGGUGCCGACGUUGAGAAAGGGUAUGCAAUGGCUAGUGCCAUCUGCUUUGGAAAUAUUGAAGCAGUCAAGAUACUCCUUGACGCUGGGGCUGGCAUUUACUUCACCUUGAACACUGGUACUGAGAUGACUAUCCUGAAGUAUGCGGUCUGCAGGGGUUCCGAAAGACCAUCCUAUGUCAGGAAAUGUCUAGCGCUAUGCCCCCAGCUCCACGAGAAAGGCAUCCUAGAUGACCAAGACGAUAGUGGUUGGACCGCCCUGCAUAAAGCCACAUACUUUGGUGACGUUGAAGGUGUCAAGGCCCUUCUCAGUGCUGGUGCGGAUCCGACAAAGAUCUCCGCUGUCGACGAGACACCCCUUGACCUGGCAACCCUGACACUCCAGGAAUUCACGGAUCCUGAGUCACGAGAGUGUAUACGACAAAACUAUCUGCGCAUCCGAAGAGACAUUGAAGUGUUGGAUGCAGCAGCGUAUGACUUCUAUGACAGGGUCAAACGGAUCGAGAUGGGCAUGGUGGACCGCCUUGACGAAGUCGUCGAACUGCUCCGAGAGGCAGAACUUGAACAGCAAGCCGGAGGAUCCGUUUCACGACCGAAGAGAAAGAUUGUUAGGAAACCCAGGCUUGGACCAUUUGUAGACCCAGAGAUGCUGAAUCUGUCACGAGAUGAGUUCCUAGAUUUGCUCUAUGCCGAUACGAAAACCCCGAGUAGUUUCAAGAGGUAG